AUGGACGGCAAGAGACAGCACCACAGCUCCUUCCAGCAGCUGGAGAAGCUCGGCGAGGGUACCUAUGCGACAGUGAGUCAUGCGGCCUUGAUAUCUGUUUUCAAAGGCCGCAAUCGCCAGACGGGCGAAUUCGUCGCUCUCAAGGAAAUCCAUCUCGACUCGGAAGAGGGCACCCCUAGCACGGCUAUUAGAGAGAUCUCCCUGAUGAAGGAGCUGAAGCACGAGAAUAUUGUCGCACUGCACGAUGUGAUCCACACGGAAAACAAGCUGAUGCUUGUCUUUGAGUACAUGGACGGCGAUCUCAAAAAAUACAUGGACAACAACGGCGAGCGUGGGAUGCUCAAGCCACAUAUUGUCAAGUCUUUCAUGUGGCAAUUGCUGCAGGGCAUUCACUUCUGUCACGAGAACCGAGUCCUGCACCGCGAUCUCAAGCCACAGAAUCUUUUGAUCAACAACAAGCUGCAGCUCAAGCUCGGUGAUUUCGGCCUGGCUCGUGCCUUUGGCAUUCCGGUUAACACCUUCAGUAACGAGGUUGUCACGCUCUGGUACCGCGCCCCGGAUGUUUUGUUGGGAAGCAGGACAUACAACACCAGCAUUGACAUCUGGUCAGCUGGUUGCAUCAUGGCCGAGAUGUUUUCUGGACGACCGCUGUUCCCUGGCACCACUAACGAGGAUCAGACGAUCAGGAUCUUCAGGAUCAUGGGCACGCCAACGGAGAGGACGUGGCCGGGGCUGUCACAGUUCCCCGAGUAUAAGGCGAAUUGGCAGAUGUAUGCGACGCAACCGUUGCGGAACAUCUUGCCUCAGAUUGACGAGAAGGGCAUCGAUCUUCUUCAGCGGAUGCUGCAGUUGCGCCCAGAACUGCGCAUCUCGGCGGCCGAGGCGUUGAAUCAUGAGUGGUUCGCCGAGUUUCACCAGCCUGCGCACCCGCAACAACACCACCCUCAACAGCCGAUGAUGCAUCCUCAUCGGGGCUACCAGCAGCACACUGUGCCGAGCCAGAAUGUCUAUGGAAAUUACCAAGGUUAG